CUCAAACCUCCACCUCCACCUCCAUUGAGUUGCCACUGUCCCUCCAACGGCUGCAGGACUUGCUGCAGCUCUUCCGCCUCACUCUGAAGGUCGCGCGACGGUCCACUUGGAGCGCGCAGCCAACCAGGCGCACACCGCUCCCUAAGGCGCGCCCUUACUGCACGGCACCACCGUCAUCGAUCCAUCAGCCGCCGACACGAUGAGCGACGCGGCGAACGGCACUGGAGCUGUCUCCAACACGAGGCUCUACCUUGGGAACUUGCCCCGCAAUGCUACCAAGGCCGACGUUGAGAACCAUUUCAACACCCAUGGCACCGGCGAAAUCACCGAGAUCAAGCUUAUGAAUGGCUUCGGCUUCAUCGAGUACAAGGAUGCUAUGGAUGCGCGCGAUGUCGUUCCCGCUUUCCAUGGCUCUGAGUUCAUGGGUGAGCGCCUGGUGGUCCAGUUCGCACGCGGUGGUAACCGUCCCCGCGACGGUUAUAACGAUGCGCCCCGCAUGGCACCGCGCCCGCGCCGCACCGUUCAUCGCAUGACAAUCACCGGUCUCCCGUUCGAAACCAGUUGGCAGGAUCUCAAAGACUUCGCUCGGCAGUCAGGGCUCGAUGUCGUCUAUAGUGAGGUCGCCCGUGAGCGCGAUGCAAGUGGGGGUGGGAAGGGCUUUGUCGAGUACGAGACAGCGCAAGACCUCGCUUCGGCGGUCGAGAAGCUCGACAAUCAUGACUUCAAGGGGUCUACUGUCCGCUGCAUCUCAGACCCCCAAGCCGACAUCCCGCGUCCCCGUGAGCGCUUCCGCUCGCGCUCCCCUGGUUACCGUGGCCGCGGCUACGGUCCCCCACCGCCGGAUGACUACUACUACGAUCGUCGCGGGCCGCCGCGUGGCUUCAGCCCUCGUCGUGACGACUACCGUCGUCGCACCCCACCGCCUCGCGGCUACUACGACGACCCGCGCGAGGAUCGCUAUGGUCCACCCCGUCGCGGCCCACCAGUCGACGAUUACCCACCGCCUGCGCGUGGCCGCUACCCCGACGAUCGCUACGCUGCUCCACCGCCACCACGUGGUUACACUGAGCCAGAUCCGUACAUGAACGGUCACGGAAGGGAGCCGUACGGUCGUCCUCCGAGCCCGAGGGGCGGCAGAGGCUACGAGCGUGGUGGAUACGAGGCCCGUCCUUACUGGUAAUUACCAUCCUCUCCUCCUUCGUAGUCUUGGUGGUGCCUUGCGUCGCCAAUACUAUUGGAGCCUUACUAAUUGCUACUAGAUCAAUCAUAGGUCAUUCGAACCAGCGCCGUGGGAAGUGCGAAAAGGUUGAGAAAGAUUGUUGGGAAUUGCUU